AUGGCUGGUAAGAUAGGGUAUGGACAACCUCCAAUCAGGGUCAACCGUGCGUUGCGCAGUGCUCCGCAGUGCCUGGAUGGUCUGAAUCGUGGUAUUGGUCAAGCAACGCCUCGGGUCGAUGGCCCACCAAGUGGGCGAACAACUUUGGAAUUGCAUCGACCGACUACAGCAGUUUGUCAGACCUACACCGGGCAAGGAUGGGCCCGUGAUGGAUGGCUAACAAAUAGUCAUUGGAAUCCAAUGAUCGACUUCAUGUUUCAUGGACGAAAAGAAGCUGACAAGAUACAAUACAAACGCGGAGCACAUUGGAUAGGCUUUCUCCGGAAAAUGUUCAGAAAUCUCAAUGGACCUAUGCACUUUCCAUGGUUUGACACAUUGAGAACUCCUGUUCUGCUUGAUCAGUGUGCAACUCCGCCACGUUGGAAUCACGACCAGAAUCUGAUUGUGUCGCCGUUCAAGAUUCUACAACAUUUGGAAGGCUGGCGACAAAAAGUCAACGAUGAAUAUCAGCAAAUGACGCAGAAGCUUGAGCAUUAUGAAGAAACCUUCGGAACGACGUGA